GUUCUCAGGCAUCAUUAAGCAGUGCUGAAGGAGGCGAAGAGGAAAACAGUGGUAGUGUGGGAGAGAGAGGGCAGAAGUUGGAUGGUGCUUUCCUUUGUCGCCGUGUCUCCGUGGGUAUGAACAUCGAAGCAACCCGUUCACGAUCCGUGAAAUCUCAAAGUCUGUUGCAGUUUCACGCCUGAGAUCCUCCACUUGAUUUCAUUCGUUAAAACGGUGCGUAUACAAAGCUAAAUUAGCCAGGCUGCUAGCUCGGUCACUUUCUGUCGUCACGGAGUGGUUACUGCUGCUGCUGCUGCUGCUCCACUAAAACAUUAUUGAGUUGUAAGUUAAGAAAACAAGCUUAUCUGAUGCAGACUGUGAAUUUUUUGGUAAACCAGAAAGCAAACGUUUUACUUUUGAGGGAAACGGCGGUGUUGUAUAGAAGAAUGUAACAGAUUGGAAUAACCAUAAUGUAACUCAAUCGGUUUACAUAUCCCUGUCACAUUUGAGAUAUCUUAAUGGGUUUAUUUCAGCUAAUAAUUAUAUUUUUGCAGCUAACAUGCUGUUGUGGAUAAUGUAGAUAAUAAUAGCGACCUCUCUUGAUUCAACAGAUCAGUAUUCAGGUUGUUGAAUACAACUUCUGAUCACGAAAUGCUCAUGUGAAACCCUCAUCAGGUCCUAUUUGAACCUGUCGCCACGAUGAUGGAGGAAUCGGUGUCCACGUUUGAGACGCAUCUGACGGCCGUCAUGGACAGUCUGAUCCGAGCCUCGGUGUGCGAGAUCACCAAACUCUUUCAGGAGACCGUGAACGACUACCUGGUGGAGCUGUCUCUCAACAGGAGGGAGAACGAGGCUCUCAAAUUGCGGCUGAGGCUCACCGAGAACAAGCUGAGGACGGAGCGCAAGUAUGGGCUGGGCUGGGCGUCCAACCGCCGCAACGCCGGGCUGUCAGCGGGGGAGGAAGGAGCUGGGGGGCGGCACAAGCGGAAAGUUGAAGUGGCCCGUGAGUAUCUCUCCUUUUAGGAUGGCUAACCCCCCCCCUCACAGACAGAGCGUCAGACAUCAUAUUUAGUUUGUUUUCAGAUUAAAGAUGUCUUAAAUGAAAUUGCACUUCAGCACAACAUUUGAAGGAUAUGAGUGUGAGGUGUUUUUUGAAGAAAGAAAUACGAUUUUGCUGUGUAGUCAGGGCUUAUGUGAAGACGCACUUGUUUUGUUGGAAACCAUCUGGCAAGAGCUGAUCUCUCCCUCCCUCCUCCCCUUCCUCCCUCCUCCCUUCCUCCUCCGCCUCCUCUUCAUGUUCGCUCCCUCUGUCCUUCACCUCCCCCUCUCCUCUCUCUCUCUCUCUCUCCACUGCAUUCUGUCCCUCCCACUCCUCUGUGCCUCUGCACACUCUCUCCCUCCCUCCCUUCCUGUCUUGCUCCUCUCCCUCCCCCCACCUCCUCUCCUUCACUUCUCUCUGCCUGUCUGUCUGUGUCACUCCAACUCUUCCUCCUCCCCUUCCCGCUCCUCUCUUCUUCACGCCCUCGCCUCCUUCCUCUCUCCCUGCCCCCACCUCCUCCUGCUCUGUGCUCUCCUUCAUCACGUUGCACACACACACACUCCCCCUCCUCCCCUCCCUCCUCCUCCUCCUCCACUCCUCUGCUGCUCCUCUCCACCACCACCACCACCGUAAUUACACUCUUUCUCUCCACUUCUCUCUCUCUCUCUCUCUCUCUCUCUCUCUCUCUCUCUCUCUCUCCACUCUCCACUCUAUCACUCCAACUUGUGCUCCCACUCCUCCUCUUCCUCUGUGGCCCUGCAAUAUCCACUCAUCCCGCUCCUCUUCCGCUCCCUCCGUUUUUUUCCUCCCUUUCACGUGUUUUCCUCUCCUUCCCGCUCUCUCGCUCUCUUGUCCUUCUACGCCCCCUCUCUCCUCACUCAUUCAUCAUGCUCACCCCCCCCCCCCAAACCUCCUCUCUCCCCCUUAUCCUCUCUGAUGCUCCAAUCAACUCCUCCUCAUCUCUCUCUCCCUCCACCCUCUUUGCUCUCUCAUCUCUUUCUCUUGGUCUCCCAAUCAUCUCCUCCCACUUAUUUUCCUCCCCCUCAUAUUUCACUCCUUCUCUUUCCUGUCUCUCCAUGCCCCCCCCUGACCCACACACACGCAUUUUCUCCUCCCUCUCUCACCUUCCUCCCACCCUUCCUUCGUCUUCUUCUCUUCUCCACAGGAGGCAAGUCAAAGAAGGGCCCAGCAGCAGCCUAUGGCAAAGGCUGGCCUGGAGGUGUGUGGGAGGAAGGAGGAGGUAGCUGCGCGGGUGGUGGUGGUGGAGGCGGAGGAGGAGGUGGAGGAGCUGUGGGGAUGGUAGCAGGAGGAAGAGGGGGGAAGGAGGCCAGGGAGAUGUACCUUAUCCAGUUCCCUGGGGAUGAAGAGGAUGAAGGAGGGAUGGUGGAGGACGAGGAAGGGGAGGGCAGCCUCAGCGGUGAGGGGGAGGAGACGGCCAACAUCAAAGAGGAGGUGAGGGAGACAGGCUUUCUCAGAGGAGGAGGAGUAGGAGGAGAAAGUGGCACAGCAUCUCUGCACUGCUCAGCAGCCUCAUCUAGAGUGAAAAUGAGCGAAGAAAAAAAAGAGAGAUUAGACUGAGAGACGUAGAGAGUUUUGCUUUUGUUUUUCAUCCAUCAAAACACUGCAGAGAUGAAGUGGAUAAAGGCAAACGUAUUGAUUUGAUAUUUAGCUUCCAGAGGAGCCUGUGGAGUAGGACUCUCCACAUCUCAAGUGCUGCAUGCUUUAGGCAGAAAUACUACUGGUGGACGUGAAGAGCUGUUUGGUAUUCCAUAACACGACUGAGGCCCAGAGCAUGGCUAAACUUUGCGCUCCUCUGUUGUAUUUGAAUACAUGAAACGUGGAGUUUUGGUCUCCUCUCUGUCAAGUAGUUGCCAAGUGUCUCAGAUGGUUUAUAUAACAGUUAUAAAGACGAGUAACUGGUUAAGCAACAUGUGUAGUAGCAAGGCCAUAUAUACUACUUAUGUAUAUAACUUGCUGUAGGCUGUAUGUAACAAGUGGCUGUAGUCUUUUGGUUUCAAAGUCAAGCCGUCACAGUGUCUUAACCUGCAUUCUUCUUACAAGCCAGCAGGGGGCGUAAACAGUAUUUGUAGCUGCUCAGACCCAGUUGAGAUUUGACCCUAAUUUUCAGAUGACUUCUACUCUCAGCUCUUUUCAAAACAGAUUAUUUUUCAGUUCAGACAUAACUGGCCUCACUUUAAAGGAAUAUCCCGGCAUAAAAUUAAUCAUUUCUUAUCUUUUUCUUGAAGUAAUAAUCAUCAUAUUAAUCAUUUUGCACUGCAGACGCAGUAGUUCUUCUGCUUUUGCGUUUCGGUCUGAUUGCAUUUCCAUAAAUGUUCUUCCUUGAGCUGCGAAACUCCGCUGUAGUCCAUAAUGGACUGGCCCUAGGUCUCACUACAAACAAGCGGCUGCUGGAAGAGAGUAGGCGAGUUGUGUUUAGUCUCUUUGCUAAAGAAAUCAGGCAAAGCUUAAAAGAUAUUUGGUGGCUAAUGCUAUGGCUGGGACCCUAUAUGUACUAUUGAUGAAGUUAGGUGCUGUUCUGAGCAUUAUUUGUGGUUAUAGAGUGGCGUUUUGGUUGAGGUUUGUUUAUGGCUCCUCAGACCGCUGUGUAUUGCUAUCCUGCGGUCAUCACUAAAGUUGGUAUAACCAGAGAAGCAAGCGGUCGGCAACAUUCAUCUCUCAAGGAGGUGUGUAUCUUACACGGUGUUAUGGUGUGUUUGACCCUUAAUUUUACGCCGGAAUAUCCCUUUAAGUAAAAAAAGAAGGGUGGAACGUCUUUUAUACAUCUAAGGGCUUCAAAUUUAACUGUCAUUAGUGUUGCAAGUCAAUUUCAAAGCCAAUUUUUUUAAGAAAAGUAUUUAUUUAUGCUCUAAUAAGUUGUAUUUUACCUGGUUUAAGAUGUUGAAUUUGUAUUUCUUUUGUACUUGUCAAUACAGUUCAGUCAAUCUGAGGGCUACCAACCAGCAUCUCUGCGGCUGAUUAAAGAAGCUUUGAAGAUAGACCCACCCAACAAGAGCCUCCUCAGUGCCUCCAGAUCCCAAAGUGAAGGUAAUAAGCUCAGGACACAGUGGUGGAGGAAGGAGAGUUAGAGAAAUGUUUAGGUGAAAGAGCUCAUGUUAGAUCGCUAUCUUCUAACUCCUCCUAACUCCCUCUGUCUGUGUUCAGGUGACCUGUCAGACCACCCACCAACCCUUCAUCCAAGUGACAGAGAUGAGGAAGAUUGGGAGAUGGGUUCAACCGAGCAAGCAGAAGGGGGCAUGACCAUGGACGAGCUGAGGGGCCUUGAGUCUGCACUGAGGGCUGAGAGAGGCCGCGAACAGGCCGCCAUGAAGACUUCCGAGCCCGUUAGCCCUGAAUCAACGUCAAGCAGAGAGAUCAGCCUGGCUCCAAAAUACAUCGGUCUGGAUGGGAUGGAACAGGAAGGAGAACUGGAGCCUCAGCCCCCCACCCUGCAGAGAGAGGAGCAGGUGGGGCAGAGCAGGUUAAAGGAUGGUGUGAGGGCUGGGGUCGAUCUGAGGUUAGGCUGGCCGAAGAAGUCAAGAGAGGGGGACUCGUCGGGGGUCAUGAAAGAAGAAGAUGUGGUGGAGCUGGGAGAGUCAGAGCACCCACCUCACCUUUCUGCUCCAGGGAGUGUCGGAGAGAGUGUCGGAGAUGAGGAGGGUGGCGGGGAUCUGCUUCACUUUUGUCCACAGUGUGGAGGAGGCUUUACAUCUGAGGCAGAGCUGGAGGAACACCCCUGUCCGUUAGGAGGCUCUCAGCAUGGGAGCAGUGGAGGAGAGGAGGGUCUUUUCCCCUGCGCUCACUGUGGAAACACUUUCAGCCACGCUUGGGCGCUAAAGAACCAUGAGUGCGCCUGUGCCGCCGAGCGUCCACACUGCUGCGAGAUCUGUGGGAAGCGCUUCACACACUCACGCUCGCUAGAACGCCAUCAUCUCGUGCACACAGGCGAGCGACCGCACAGGUGUCCCCAGUGCGGACGCAGCUUCAGCCGACUUGGCAACUUAGAACGGCAUCAGAGGAUCCACACGGGUGAACGUCCAUACGGCUGUGAAGCGUGCGGGAAGCGCUUCAGUCGUGUGGAGUAUUUAAAGAGACACCAGCUUAUACACAACAGUGAAAAGGUGACACUCCAGUGCUCUAACUGUGGGAGUGGCUUUAGCGAUGUGGAGCAGCUGAAAAACCACCGCUGUUUUUAAAGCCUCGCCUUCACACCUUUGACUGAACUGGAAACUCAACACAAGUGUUUCUCUGAAUGUGGUAGAAUGUAGGUGAUGAAUGUGAUUGGUUGAUGCACAUUUUAUCCUCAGCAACAUGAAUUUGCCUUUUUUCGCUCGAUACUUGAUGAAGUAAAUGAAGAAGGCAACAGUCCAGUUUUACAGGAAACCAGUCUUAUUGUGCGUUUCUCUAUUGAAAUACAAAUCUCAGAUGUUCAGCCAUUUUUAUCUGAAGCGUUCUCAUUUGUUUGUAAAAAAAAAAAAGAAAAAAAACAUUUUUCUUAUUUAUGAUAAUCAAUGACAAUACAACUCCUCUCUUUUUAUCAGUAAUUUACUCAUGUUGAAGCCAAUACCCUCAUUUUUUUGCUGACAAUAUAAUUGACAGCUUGGUAUUUUGUAUGUCUGUGUUUUGGUCGUACCACGAAGAAAUAAAUGUUUGAAUCCUUGUGAAGGCUCUUAUUUUCUCGUGUAAUCACAGGAUUUCCCUACAUAAAGCAAAGCAACAUUGCAGAAUUGUAUUGAUAAGAAAGAAUGAUUUUAACCUUCCUGAGGAAAAACUCAAGUUUGAUUUGUGUGGUGAUUCAGCCGUUGAAUAGUGUGUGGUGUGUUUGCUGACUGCUGGCUUUGGCAGAAUAAGUGUGAGCUGAGGACAUUAAACUGGUCUGUCACUCUAAGGACGUCUGCCUAACAUCAGUAAGGAAAGAAGAUCUCACUUUUUAGAGGGUAGAAAUCUCCUCUUUGAUGCUUGAGUUGAGUUUUAUCAGUGUGUGGAUGUCUAUUAUCUUUACUUUGAGAAAAAGGUCAUGACAGGAUUCUUUUUCUUCACAGGUGUAAGAGAAACCCUUGGUCAAAAGUAAGUGCCCAAAAACAGUAUUUGCACAAGCGGAUAUGGAUCGAAAUAGGAAUGUUUCAUAAGACCUACAAGUGCUCAAUUUAGUCAAUUUACACACUGUACCCGCCACAAAAACAAACAAACAAAAAAUCAGGCCAUUUUCAUCAGAACAGUGCCUGCUCUUUCAUACAUUUAAGGGAUUUUCUGCUCACCCAUGACUGCUCAAAUUUUAUUAGAUUUUUUCUCUCCCAAAAGAUGAAAAAUUGCCUGAUUAAAAUCCCAGAUUUUACAGCAAAAUUGAUGGUACUUAAACAGUAGUGGUCCUUUAACGUCACUAAACCUGGGGCACUACUGCUUUGAGUAAAACGUGUGAGACAUAGCUUUGUGUAAAAAUCAGGAAAGUUUAGUCUCUGAACUUUUUUUCAAUGAAUGAACAAUAUCACUAGUGUGAUAUUGUUUAAAUAUAUUUUACGAAAAGCAAGUCUAACCUCACUGUACUUGGCUGAUAAUAACAUCUCUUUUUAAAGGAAACAUUGGAAUUACUGUUAGUAAUGACAGUCUAUACAUUAUGAAGUGAAACUGUCUUUUAGUGGGUUUCACUCUCCCUGCCUCUACCCCGUCUCCAGAGAGAGGGCUCUGUCUUUGCUUCUUCCCUCCACUUUUUCUGCCUCAGCCAUGCACUUUUCCUACACUGGAUUUGAACUCUAAACUAGUCCUUUAUUGCUUUUUGUAUCAUAUUUGAUACAUACUUUUAUAUUCUUCUAUCAAAUCAAUAUGAUCAACAAAUUACUAAAAAAAACACCAUAAUACAGGCAGAUAAAUGAUAAAAAUGUCCUCUUGUGGAUUAUCAGUUUCCAAACACAUCUAAUGUAUCAAACAAGAUAAAUCAAUAUAUUUUUUAAAUCUUAAGGACAUUUUGAUUAUUUUGGUUUUUAGUAGUAAGUGAAAUAAACAUUUCAGCUCCAAAAAAAAAAAGUGAAUUUUCUGGCCAUAAUUUGUUGUUUCAGGCAUUAAAGAGCUAGAACCCUAACCUCUCUCCAAAUGUGAAAUGUAAAGUGCCCUCUGGUUGCCCUGCUAGCACAUCCAAUAAAAAAAUUAAAGGUGAAGAAGAGCCCUCUGAAUACCU